AUGAGACCCGUGCUCCUGCUUCUCCUAUGCGGCAUCAUUUUCCCAUCUAGCAUCUACGCAAACCACGAGCAUGGGUACCAAGAGGCAUCGCGAAAUGAUGGUAGCAAAGCCGGAAGGGAAGGUGACAGCACAAACCAAGGCAAUUGUGUGGGACAGCCGCUCUUCCUAACGCCUCUCAUUGAAUCUGGAAAGUACGAAGAAGCCUUGCGUAAAAGCAGGGUAGGCAAGAUCGGCGACGUUCCAUGUGUGCUCAGCUACUCGGGGUUCAUUACAAUCAACAAGGACCUGGGCAGCAACCUCUUCUUCUGGUUCGUCCCUGCCAUGGAAAGCCCCGAGAAUGCACCCGUGGCGUUGUGGCUUCAAGGAGGACCCGGCACGUCCUCCCUUUUUGGUCUGUUCGUCGAGCACGGUCCUUACUUUGUGGACGAGAACGGCGCCGCGCAGCUGCGUCCAAUCACGUGGACGCGCACCAUAUCGGUUCUGUACGUGGACAACCCGGUGGGCGCCGGCUUCAGCUUCACGCAGAGCGAGAGGGGCUACGCGCGCAACCAGUCGGACGUGAGCCGAGACAUGCUUGAAAUGCUGCAACAGUUCUUCACGCUGUUUAGCAAAUACUCCUCCAAUGAUUUCUACCUUUUCGGGGAAUCGUACGCUGGAAAAUUCGUACCAUCCAUUGGCGCUGCCCUCCAUAAGUCCAAAGGAAAGCUUCGUGUGCCGAUCAACUUCAAAGGCAUUGCAAUUGGCAACGGCCUGACCGACCCCAUCACCACGCUUCUCUACGGUGACUUCUUGUACUACAUUGGGCUCCUGGAUCGAUACCAAGCGAGCCACAUGCAACGAGACUGCGACCGCACUGCGCGUCUUAUCCGGGAAAAGAACUACCUGGAAGCCACUGCACUGGCUUACUCAACUGUUUUGGGCGUCGUCACGGGAUACCCUUCAUACUUGGGUAAUGUCACCGGCUACGAGUACGGCUACAACUACCUGCUCGCAGAGAAACCCGAAUCGCACAGCCGUUACAAAAGCUUCGUCAUAACACCCAUGGUGCGCCAAGCCAUCCACGUCGGGCAAACAACAUUCAACGGCUCGUCAACGAACGUGGCAGCCUACUUUGCCAAGGACUUGAUGCAGUCUGUUCGAGACAAAUUGGCCUUGCUGUUAGACAACUCUUACAAGGUACUCCCAAUGAAAACUGUGCUCGGGCUCCUGCUGUGCAGUAUCGCUUUUUCAUCUAGCGUCUGGGCAAAUCACGGCCACGGGUACAAGAAGUUAUCACGGCGUGACACUAGCAAUGCUGCAAAUGAAGGUUCUAGGUCAAGCCAAGAAGAUGUUGGAGAGCCGCUCUUUCUGACGCCUCUAAUUGAGGCAGGAAAGUUCGAAGAAGCCUUGCAGAAAAGCAGGGUAGGCAAGAUCGGCGAUGUUCCAGAUGUGACCAGCUACUCGGGGUUCAUCACUGUCGACAAGGAGCUGGGCAGCAACCUCUUCUUCUGGUUCUUUCCCGCCACGGAAAACCCCGAAAGCGCACCAGUGUCUGUGUGGCUUCAGGGGGGACCAGGGACGUCUUCACUCGAAGGUCUGUUCGUGGAACAUGGUCCUUACUUCAUUGACGAGAAUGGCGAUCCACAGAUACGGGACAUCACGUGGACACGAACCAUGUCGAUGCUGUACAUCGACAACCCCGCAGGCACCGGCUUUAGCUUCACGGAGAGCGAGGAUGGCUACGCAACCAACCAGGAGGACGUGAGCCGAGACAUGCUCGAGCUGCUGCAACAGUUCUUCACGUUGUUUAGUAACUACUCCUCCAACGAUUUCUACCUGUCUGGAGAAUCGUACGGUGGAAAAUUUGUCCCGUGCAUUGGUGCCGCGCUUCACGAGUCCAAAGACAAGCUCCGGGUGCCGAUCAACUUCAAGGGCAUCGCUAUUGGUAACGGUAUGACAGACCCCAUCACCAUGCUUCUCUACGGGGACUUCCUGUAUUACAUCGGGCUCAUGGACCAGGGCCAAGCGAGGCACAUGCAAAAAGAGUGUGAUCGGGCGGCGAGCCUGAUCCGUGAAGAGGACUAUCUGGAAGCCAGUCUGCUGACGACCUCUCUCAUCUUAGGCACUGUCGCUGGAGAAUCUACGUACUUUGGAAAUGUCACUGGCUACAAGUACUGCUACAACUACCUGCGCACAGAGAAACCCGAGUCGCACGAGCGGUACCUCACUUUCGUUGACACCCCUGUUGUGCGAAAAGCCAUUCACGUCGGCCAAAGGCCUUUCGACAACGAAGGAACGAACGUUGCGGUCCACUUUGCCGCAGACCUUAUGAAGUCUGCUAAAGAACAGCUGACCUUGCUGGUGGAAAACUACAAGGUACUCGUCUACAACGGUCAUCUGGACAUCAUCGUCCCAUACACUGCAACCCAGACACUCGUGGACUCCCUUCAGUGGUCGGGCAGCGAGGAGUGGUCGAACGCCGAGCGGAAAAUAUGGCGCUCGCACGAUGGUCAGCGCAUACACGGCUACGCUAAGAACGCAAAGAACUGCACGUUGGUCCUCGUUCGGGACGGAGGUCACAUUCUUCCGUACGACCAACCGGAGGCAGCCUACGACAUGAUCACCAGAUUCAUCAACGAGGUGCCGUUUUCAGAGUAGAACACGUAUAUCAAUCGCAGAUCGCGGAAGAGCGAGAUAACCAAAGGCCAUCUUUUCGAUGGGACAAGAGUCAUUAAGUUAUCGCCAGAAGCUUUGAUCUCUGCUUUUGCUCUUCGUAAGGUGUGUGCGUCUUUUUUUUUUUUUUUUUUUUUUGAGCUGCGUGCCCUGUGAC